AUGUACCUCGCGCAACGCGGACGCCGGUAACGGGCCGACGGACGGGGAGGCGGCCACCGUGUGUGUGUGUGUGAUUCUCACCGCGUCUUCGCGUGUCCGCGGGCGAGGCGCGAGAACGGGAGCGCGACGUGCGUCGCUUCUUGUGUGUGCCGCGCCGUGUGCGGCGAGAGACACGUUGCAGUCGGUCCCCCUCCGACGGUACGGAGCCUACGGAGGCGGUUUCGCCGAUCACGGAAAUCUCGAUCGUCGGACGGAGUGAACACAGUUCCACCGUAGCGCGAGCGCGCGCACCGGUACAGCGCCGCGCAAAAGUCACCCCCCGCGGUGACGGUGGUACAGUCGACGACGGUUUCGCGCUUCGCGGGUUCCCCCCCCUCCCCCCUACAUCGAUAAGGUUUUGCGUUGCGACCGUCGAAAUUCGCGCAUCUCGCGGAAUAUUUCGAACUAUACAUAUGCAGAUACAGCGCGAUCCUUUCUCGUUUUUCACGCACCUGAUGGGGAAAGGUCCGCAACGAUUGAUCGCUCGCGAGGACACCGUUGGCGCUGAGGCAACAUGGGCAACUCCGCCGUGAAGAGGCACUACGAGACCGCGGAGAAGACUGCCACCCUCAAGUUGUCGCAGUGCAAGCUGGACAAGUUCUCGCGGAAGCUCCACGACUUGGCGCCGACGCUGCGCACCCUGGACCUGUCCGAGAACAAUUUCGCGACCCUGCCGAACGAGAUCGGCGACUUCACGCUGCUGAGGCAGCUCAACUUCAGCCACAACCGGCUGACCGCUCUGCCCGGCACCCUGGGCGCGCUCGAGAAGCUCGAGGGCCUCAACUGCGCCGCGAAUCAGAUCCGAUCGAUCCCGUCGUCGCUGGCGAAUCUGAGCCACUUGAAGCAGGUCAAUUUGUCCGACAAUCAGAUCUCCGACUUCCCGCUGAUGUUCUGCGGCCUCCGGCACCUGGACGUCCUGGAUCUCUCCAGGAAUCGGCUCACGAUCGUGCCGGACGCCGCCGCCGGCCUCCACGUGAUCGAGCUCAAUCUCAAUCAGAAUCAAAUCGCCACCAUCUCCGAGAAGCUGGCGGAGUGCCCGCGACUGAAGACGCUGCGGUUGGAGGAGAACUGCCUGCAGCUGAGCUCGGUGCCGCUCGGGCUCCUCAAGGACUCCAAGGUCUCGGUGCUGGCGCUCGAAGGGAAUCUCUUUGAGAUGAAGCAGUUCGCGGACCUGGAUGGUUACGACAAGUACAUGGAACGCUACACGGCGGUCAAGAAGAAGAUGUUCUAAACUUCUAAAGGAUAGUUUUAUGUCGGAAAAGAUUGUUUGUAUGUAUUAUACGUAUGAAAUUGUUCGGUAGGUCUAUAAGUCUAUAUUGAAGUUACCAAACAUGUUGAAUGGAUAGCGUCGAAGGGAAAAAGAUUGAAUUACUUGAACGUAUUUUGACACCUUCGCGUCAUCGAUUUAAAAGUAAACAGCUGGCAUAGAGAUGUUUAAAAUAUUGAGAGUAUUUUUCAAUUUAUAUAAGAUUUAUAAAAGUCUACAAUUUGGAAAUGUUUUCUUUCUUACGUGGUUGUAAAUCAAAUUUUUUUGUGAGAUAAAUCAUUAGCAGCAUCUCUAAUCGAAUCUAAACUGUUUGUAUCUACGCGUUUAUAUCUAUAAAUAAUCGUGAAGUAAUCGGGAAAUACACACAUUGAUCUUUUUCUCGAUAAACAUUAAUUAUCAAAACAUUAAAUCAUUGAUAUUCGAUUAGUGAAGGGAAUAACAUAUGUAAAUAAUUAUCUAUUAUUUUAUUGAGAGAUGUUAUUUUGUUGUUUGACAUAAGUCUGAAUACGAAUAAGUCUAUACGUACGAAUAUACACGCUUUAAAAUAUUCUAAUACACAAAAUGUCUAAAAGAAAUGUUCCGUUUCUUAUUAAUACAUCUUGUGUAUAUACGUAUUAUUUGUCAGAGUAAUAAUCAUGGAAUGAUAUUAUGUUAUUUAUGACAUUUACAAGAACUGUAUACAUAUUGCGCAUUAAAAUAUUUUUCAUCUUUGUUAAGUAAAAAAUCUUGUCUUAUAGAAUGAAAAUUUGAUUGAUCAUAAAUCAAUAUGAAAAUUACAUUUUGUGAAAAUAGCAAUUAUUUUGGCAAAACGGCAACCUAUAUUUUUGUUUCGGAUAUAUUUAAAUGAUAUUUCCUUGAAAAUCUAGCGAUUUUGGUAGAUAAAUUUAAAUGUCUUUUUAAUUUUGCGAAAUUGUUCAAAAUAAGUUGAUAUAGCAUUUAAAGUAUUUAUUGAUAAAUCGAGACAAACGUCGGACUCUCAACCUAAUCGAAAAAAUGCGCGUUAUGAUCAUUCCUGCCAAAAAUUAAUAAUAAAUUCAAUUUUGAAAUUAAAAAGGAAAAUGGAAGUACGGAAAGUUAAAUUAACGGCGAUGCAACGCUGUUAAACUUUUUUUUUUUUUUUUUUUUUAACUUGAUUACAUAAAUUACGAAUAACACAAUUUUUACAUGAAAAAAAUUUUUAAAGAAAUAUGUUUUGCGAACGAUACAAAUUUUCCUCUGAUGCAUAUUGAAUUGCAUAGUAAAUCGCGGUAUGACGAAAGUCGAUUGUUAAUAAUUGUAUAACCUUUUUAUACGGAUACAAACGUAUAUACCGUGUCGCAUUCGCACGGUUGUGGAAAUAAUAAGAUCGUUGAACCUUUCUACGGUUCAACUGCGUAUUAACCUUCGACCAAGCUAACGAUUAUAAGAAUUCUUGAAGUUACAAAUUGCGCAGGACGAAAGACAUAUUAUCAAUGAAAUCCUGCGUUGAAAUCGA